CAGAUAUUCCAUCCUUCUGUCAGAACCAGCGCCAUGACUUCACUCCCCAUGGUGAUAUUUGUCAUUACUAUGCUGUUUCCAAAUGUACCUGCUCAAGGAAAGGAUCCUGCUUUUGCUGCUUUGUUAACCACCCAAACACAAGUGCAAAGAGAGAUCGUAAGUAAGCACAAUGAACUAAGGAAAUCGGUCUCUCCCCCCGCCAGCAACAUGUUAAAAAUGGAAUGGAACAGAGAAGCAACAGGAAAUGCCCAAAAGUGGGCAAAUAAGUGUAUUUUAUCACACAGCAGUUCAGAGGACAGGAAAACCAGAACAAGAUGUGGUGAAAAUCUCUAUAUGUCAAGUGACCCUACUCCCUGGUCAACUGCAAUCCAAAGCUGGUUCAAUGAGAGAGAAGGUUUUACCUACGGUGUAGGACCAAAGGGUCCUGAUGUAGUUGUUGGACAUUAUACUCAGCUGGUUUGGUAUUCAUCUUACCAAAUUGGAUGUGGAAUUGCCUUCUGUCCCAAUCAAGAGAAUCUAAAAUACUUCUAUGUGUGCCAAUAUUGUCCUGUUGGCAAUAAUGUGAGUAAAAAAAAUACCCCUUACCAACAAGGAACACCCUGUGCCAGUUGCCCUGGCAGCUGUGAAAAUGGACUAUGCACCAACAGCUGUGAGUAUGAAGAUCUCCUCAGUAACUGUGACUCCUUGAAGCAAUCAGCUGGCUGUGAACAUGAGGUGCUCAAGGAAAAGUGCAAGGCUACUUGCCUAUGCGAAAACAAAAUUCACUAA